GUAUAGCGUUGAAUUACUUUUAGAAACGUAUAGCGUUGAAUUACUUUUAGAAACGUAUAGCGUUGAAUUACUUUUAGAAACGUCUGCCUAAAAGGUGCAUAGUACAAAAAUGUAUACAACACUGUUAUCGGUUUUUUUCAUCAGACCUGGCUCGAACGUAAACUGCUUUAACGUAUUACUCUUGACCGAAAAAUUCAUGUAAAAAACCAUAUCCUCACGUUCAGGUCAAGGGAUAUAGAUAAAAUAUAACUGCUUAGAAAGCGCAUAUAGAUACAGUCAGUGUGAGACCUUUGACGCAAAGAAUCGAAGUAAUUCUCAAAAAUGGCUUUGAAUAACGCGGAAGUCAUUGAUAUUGCGAACGAUGCAAUGGUGGUAGAUAUCGAGGACGACGUGGAUAAUGCAAAUAAUGUGGUAGACAUUGUGGCUAAUGUUCAAAAUAAGGAGAAAGAUGUCAUCGUGGACGAUGCUGACGACAUUAUAGAUGUUAACUUUGAGGAUGUGAUGGAUGAUGAGGAUAAAGAAAGCGUAAUAUCCGAGGACAGCAAUUAUGCUAGUGAUUACAGUGAAGAAUUUAACGAUACUCUCGAGAAACACCUAACACAUGCAGAAGUAAAUGCGAUAACCGGGCGUACAAAACAUUGUGCGAUAUAUUUUUAUUACACAACAGAAGGCACUUAUUCAGCAUGUGCCGAGUGUAUAAUGCGAAUAGCAGACAGAUUUUCAAAUAAUGCACGCCUUUCGCAAGCAUGUAACUGACGCGUUCGGUAGGCUAGAUGGCAAGUAUUGUUCGAAUUGCAGACAGCCUAUGUUCGUGCUAAUUCCAUGCAAUAUAUGCCCAGUGUGCACACAGUAAAGACUAUGAUUGCUAAAAAGACGUUGUAAAAAAAAGACAUGCGACAACUUGAUCAAGAUAAUGCAUAUGGAGAAUAUGGAUUGACAAAUGUAUGGGAUCAAUUAUUUGGAAUGUCACCGUUAAUGGAUGAAAAUCAAGAAGUUUUGGGAUUAAAAAAAUAUAUAUACUUGAAUUUAAUUAUUAAAUAAUGUAUUAUUUUAAAAAAUAUAUGUAUUA